AUGAAAUCACACUCCACUGAGAGUUUCAAGUGUGAAAUAUGCAAUAAAAGGUAUCUUCGGGAGAGCGCGUGGAAACAGCACCUCAGUUGUUACCACCUGGAAGAAGGUGGAGUCAGUAAGAAGCAGAGAACUGGGAAAAAAAUACACAUAUGUCAGUACUGUGAGAAGCAGUUUGACCACUUUGGACAUUUUAAAGAGCAUCUUCGAAAACAUACAGGGAAAAACACAGCUCAGAGUUAUUCCUUGACUGUGUCGGUUCCACGUGAAAAACCUUUUGAAUGUCCAAAUUGUCAUGAACGAUUUGCUAGAAAUAGUACCCUCAAAUGUCACUUGACUGCAUGCCAAACUGGAGUGGGAGCAAAAAAGGGGAGAAAGAAGCUCUAUGAAUGUCAGGUCUGUAAUAGUGUGUUUAACAGCUGGGACCAGUUCAAAGAUCACCUGGUGAUACACACUGGAGAUAAACCCAACCAUUGUACUCUGUGUGACUUGUGGUUUAUGCAAGGAAAUGAAUUAAGGAGGCAUCUCAGUGAUACUCAUAAUAUUUCAGAGCGCCUGGUAACUGAAGAAGUUCUUUCAGUAGAAACACGUGUGCAAACUGAACCUGUGACGUCAAUGACUAUUAUAGAACAAGUUGGGAAGGUGCAUGUGUUACCACUGCUCCAGGUUCAGGUGGACUCAGCACAAGUGACUGUGGAACAGGUCCAUCCAGAUCUGCCCCAGGACAGCCAAGUGCACGAGUCGCACAUAAGUGAGCUUCCAGAGCAGGUCCAGGUAAGUUAUCUAGAAGUGGGGCGAAUUCAGACUGAAGAAGGUACUGAAGUCCAUGUAGAGGAGCUGCAUGUUGAACGGGUAAAUCAGAUGCCAGUGGAAGUACAAACUGAGCUUCUAGAAGCAGACUUGGAUCAAGUGACCCCUGAAAUCAUGAACCAAGAGGAGAGAGAGCCUACCCAGGCAGAUGCUGCUGAGGCUGCUACAGAAGAACACGAAGAUGCUGAGGCUUUAGAGACCAAAUCAACAGUGGAUUCCCAAGCCGAAAAGGCAGGAAAUGAGAACAGAACACCUAUGCCAGUUUUAGAAUGA